GCAGUUACCAUCUGAUUUCGUAAGAAAAUUGUAAACAAUACGCGGAAGAUAAAUAAUGACAUAUAAGUUUCCUUAAUUUGUUGUAUUCUGCAGUUAUUGUCCAAUUUUGUCAUUUCAUCAUGACUUCAAGAGAAUUUGAUAUAAUUAUUUUUGGAGCGACAGGUUACACUGGGCGGUAUGUUAUAGAAGAAUUAGCUUAUAGUACUAAAUCAUCAAAUGUAAAAUGGGCUGUAGCCGGUCGGAAUGUGGAGAAAUUAAAAGAAUCUUUGAACAUUGUUCAAGGCUACCUAGGUGAUGAAAUUGACAUCAGCAAGACAACAAUCAUCAAAGCUGAUGUUAAUGAUGCUUCAUCAAUAUCUGAUAUGUGCAAGAGAGCACGUCUGAUACUGAAUGUAGUUGGGCCGUAUAAGUUUUAUGGAGAAGUUGUAGUUAAAGCAUGCAUAGAAAAUGGAACUCACCAUGUGGAUAUCAGUGGAGAAUUUCAGUUCUUAGAAAGCACCCAAGCAAAUUAUUUCAAUGUAGCAAGAGAAAAAGGUAUUUAUGUUGUAGAAGCUUGUGGAUUUGAUAGCAUUCCAGCUGAUUGUGGUAUUUCUUAUUUAAAGAAAAAAUUCCCUGGAGAUUUAAAUUCAGUUGAAUACUUUAUUGAAGUUGGGCAGGGUCCUAGUGGAAGAAAAACAAAUAUCGGAACAUUCAUGUCAGCUGUUUAUUCUGUUAGAGAUAUGUUUAAUACCAAAGAACUUGAUGAAGCUCUGAAGAAAGAUGUUUUCAAAAAAGAUUUGGUCAGAAGCAAUUAUCCAUUAUCUAGGAGGUGUCCACCUUUGUUUUAUAGUGGUGAAAUGAAAGGAUGGUGUUUUUGGUUUCUUGGACCUGAUGAACGAGUUUUAAAAAGGAGUCAAAAAUUCCGUUAUGAAUAUUUAAAUGAUAGACCUGUUCAAACAAAGGGAUAUAUUCGAAUGCAUUCAUUCUUUAUUGCUCUUUCUUAUGCAUUUUUUUUUGGUCUCUUUGGAUUUCUGUCUUUAUUUUCCCUUGGAAGAUAUCUACUUGUGAAAUAUCCAUCCUUUUUUACUGCUGGGGCUUUUUCAACGAAAGGACCAACUAGACAACAAGUAAUGGAAGGUACAACAAAAAUAACUUUGUAUGGAAAAGGAUGGAAAGACAAGUUAUCAGAGCCUACAGACCAGCAUACAACCGAACCGGACACUCAAAUGAAACUAACAAUUAGUGGACCAGAACCUGCUUAUCCAUUCACUGCAAUGUGUAUGGUUCAGGCUGGACUGACAGUUAUUGAAGAGACUGAUAAACUACCUUUGGAAGGUGGUGUCUUAACACCUGGUGUGGCAUUUGAGAACACUGCAUUGGUUGAAAGAUUAGAAAAACGUGGCAUGUCUUUCAAGUUGGAGAACAUUAACUGAGAAUAAAUCUUUUGUGUUUGUGUACUUUUGCAUAGGUGUAAUCAUGCUUUAAUUCUACUAUUCUAUGUCUAUGCAAUGUUUUUCAUUCCAAUUAUUGAACUUAUUCAUGAGGUAUUUUAAAUAACCAGUUUAUAAUUUUAAGUAUAUAUUUUUUUACAUAAAGCUAAUUUCUGAAAGUGUGAUUUUUCUUUUGUAUUAAAUGGAGUAGAAAAUGAAAUGUCUGUAAAAAUAAAACUGAACAUGAAUAGAGAUUAUUAUGCAUAGUUUUAUUAAAUUGUAAAGAGAGAGUAAUAGUCAUUUAUAUUUAAAAAUUUGUUUAUUAUAAAGCAAUCUAAUUAUUUAAAUAGUAUUUUUAUUAAAUUUACUAAAGUUCUGUUUCUGGUCACAUCUUUUUUUUUUUUAAUAAAAUAAUAUUUUUUAAUAUCUGUUGCCAUUUCAAAAGAAGUUUCAGAGAGCUUACUGAAGUCAAAUUUUACAGUUAUGUUUUUUAUUUCUACUAUAAUAUUUUCUUUCUUGGAAUUUGUUUUGAACUCAAUGGAAUUUUGUUAUGAAUGAAAAGUGAAAUAUUGGAAUGUUUCUACAAUCUCAUCUGUGAUAAUGCUUGCCAUGUCUAUUAUUAAAAAUGACAAUAAAUACAACAGAAAUUGUAAAAUAAUUUUUAAUGAUUCAGGAUUAUAAAAAUUAUAAAUGUAUGUAUAUUUUGGUAAAAUAUUAGAUAUUUCAAAUUCUCAAUUUUAUUAUUGUAAAAUUUUUUUUGUGCAGGGAGGAUUUAUACAUGUAUAAUGACGAGUUCUUUUU